ACAAGGAAGAGACUCGCAGAGUAAUGCCUAAGGAAUAUACAGACAUCCAGUGUCUCGAUUUGGAUAACAAUUCUGGGAACCGUAAAGUUUUCAAGAUGAGUAACUGGUCCCCCCCUCCAUCCUCAAGACUUCUGACAGGUCUGUGCUCACUGUGUGCCGUAUUCCUCCUUCUCAUCAUCAUCCUUAUUGUUGCCCUAAGAAACUCAGGAGCUUCUGAACCAGAUCGAAGCCUAGAGUACAAGUUGGGUAACCUGAGUGUGAGUGUAAACUCACGAAUUGAUCGCUUGUCUCAGGAUGACAGUAAAAUAAUGGAUAAAAUAAAAGAAAUAGAUGGAUCUGUACUAAAGAUUGACAAGUCUGUAGAGAAGAUAAUCAGUGACAAAUCCGCAGUCACAUUGCAGUCUGAGAUACAGAGAGUGAUAUCGGGUCUGGGGAAACUGGUUUCUCAACUGAAGAAAUUGCAAGUUAAUGGUUCUCUGGAAAAUUCAUGUCCCGAUGGCUGGACUUACUUUACUCUGAGCUGCUACUACGUCUCCAAAGUUGGUAAAUCCUGGAAUGACGCCAAAAAACUGUGUGAAACUAAGGAGUCUCACCUUGUUGUGAUUAAUUCAGAUGCUGAGCAGGAUUAUGUAACGAGCAUUGCCAAACAGCAAUACACAUGGAUCGGCCUAACAGAUGCAAGUGAGGACUGGAAAUGGAUUGAUGGAACGAUCUACCAGUUUGAUUCAAACCAAUGGAAGCCUAACCAACCUGACAAUUUUUACGGCCACGGUUUGGGCGGUGGAGAAGACUGUGCACAUCUUCAUAGCGACGGUCUAUGGAAUGAUGACCAUUGCUCUCGUGCAUAUAGAUACAUGUGUGAAAAGGAAUUCUGAACUUCACAUGGACUGGAACUGCAUGGCGAGAACGAGGAGAGAACGAGGGAAUAA